ACCCACUAGUUGGAGAUGAGGCAAGGGAAGCCAACGGCCAUGGCCAUCUCCAUUCUAUCCGUCGCGACCUCGAACCCCCACCUUCUCCCCCCUCUCUGCAAACCCCACAAACCCGUUGCUUUCUUCGCUAAAAACGCCGCAUUUCCUCUCCCCUCUCUUGUGUCCUCUUCUUCCCUCUCGAGCCGGGACUCAGGGGAGGAGGCGGCCUCCUCGGCCACCGCCGGUCUGGGAUCCAUCCCUGUGUGCAGGAGGAGGCUGUUCGAAGUGGGAAUUGGGCUUUUCGCGUCUUUUUUGGUGGAUCUGGAUGCCAAGGCGACGAGAAUCGAGUACUACGCCACUGUUGGGGAGCCCCUCUGUGACAUGAGCUUCGCAAAGUCCGGCCUUGGCUACUGCGACGUCGCAGUCGGGACCGGUGUCCAGCCUCCUCGGGGAGAGCUUAUCAAUAUUCAUUACACCGCAAGAUUUGCUGAUGGUACAGUAUUUGAUAGUAGCUAUAAGCGUGGGAGACCACUCACUUUGCGAAUAGGUGUGGGCAAGGUCUUACCAGGAUUGGAUCAGGGGAUAUUAGGUGGUGGUGGCGUACCUCCAAUGCUUGUUGGGGGUAAACGCAAGCUUCUCAUACCUCCAAAGUUGGGAUAUGGUCCUGAACCAGUGGGUUGCUUUUCAGGAGAUUGCAACAUCCCAGGUAAUUCAACACUUUUCUAUGACAUUCUUUUUGUCGGAAUCUACAAGUGAACAUCAACAUUGAUAAACUCGCGGUAUUGGGUGGAUGAAGAGAUCAUAUCGAUGAUAAAACGCACAUCAUUGCUGAUGCUGACAGUUCGGAAGCAGAGUGAGAGGACUACUUGAUGCUUGAACACUGGGUGGUUUUCACCUAACAAUCGGUACUUACUGCCAAUUUUUGUUACUGAGAAGCACAAAAUUUUCAUGACAGAAUUAAAUUCUUGCUGCCUUGUACAGGCACAAGAAUCAGCACUCUUCUCCCCUUUUCUAUCAUCUGAAUCCUGAGAUCCAUCUUGUAUGUUUGUAUAGAACUAUUGGACUCCUUUAUUUUUUUAUGUCGUAUCCACGUUUUUCUAUGGAACUUGUGGGUGGAAAAGAGGAGGCUUCAUGCUGGAA